AUGACAGCACACAGUGUCAGCUUCCCAGCACCCUCAGGGCUGUUGGCUUUGAUGGUGGUAGAGGACACGGCCCCUCUUGACCUCACUGGGCCAGGAUUUUGUUCUACAGACCUGUCCCUUAAGUCAUUAAGUCAAGAUGUCUUCGAGUCAAGGCUAGGCUCAGCCCCUCAGCCCCGCCCGCAAGGCCAAUCUUGCCUUAUUCUGCCCGAGUUGAGGAAGUCACAGGUGAGUGAUCUAAGCGGGCCAAGACGGGAGAUACCGAGGCUCCAGCACCUCCCUCUUGUUUUCGGCUGGCUGCCCCAGCCCCAGCUCCUGUCCCUGCCACAGCUCAGAAAGGAUGCUGCCUGCCACCUCUGCCCCUUGGCCCAGCUGACAGUCCCCCCUGCCAUGGGGUUCUUCUCAUUCUGCCUGCUGGUGCUCCUCCUGGCCCAGGGGUCCCCUUCCCCAGGGGAUCCCUCGCAGUGCACCGGCAUCCCGUAUGCCUCCACCCGGAAUUUCAGCGUCGAGUACGUGGUGCCCAGUUUUGAGGCUGAUGCCCCCAUCCAAAGGGUGGUAGCCUAUGAUGAGGGUCCCGACGGUGACCAGGCCAUCUUUGUAGCCACUAGGAACCAUCUGCACGUGCUGAAUCACAGCCUGGGGCUACUCCAGAGCCUGGUCACAGGGCCUGCGGGCCACCCCAGCUGCCAGUCCUGUGCCAAAUGUAAGUUGUCGGAGCCCCCGCUGCCAGGGGGAGACACAGACAAUGUGGUGCUGGUCCUGGACCCCGAGUUUCCCUGGCUCUAUAGCUGUGGCUCUUCCCUGCUGGGCCGCUGUUUUGUGCACGAGCUGGAGUCUGCCGCCGGAGGGACGGUCCGCUUGGGUCCUACCUACUGCCUCUGGAACCCCUCUGCCAAUAGUCCUCAUGACUGCCCCGACUGCGUGGCCAGCCCCCUGGGCACGCAGGUGACCGUGGUAGAGCUGAGCCAUACUUCCUACUUUUAUGUAGCCUCCACCCUGAACCAGACGGUGGCCUCCCGCUAUAGUCCCCAGUCUGUAUCGAUCCGCAGGCUCAAAUCGAACUGGCAGGGCUUUGCUUCCAGCUCCCCAGCUCUGGCCGUGCUGCCGCAAUACCUCGCCACCUAUCCCAUUGAGUACGUCUACACCUUCCACUUGGAGAAUUAUGUCUAUUUCCUCACCGUCCAACCAGAGUCCCUGAAGAAUUCCAGCGCUUUCCAUACUCGACUAGUGCGGCUUAACGCCCAAGAGACGGAUCUGGGAGAGUACCGGGAGCUGGUCCUCGACUGCCGCUUUUCAUACAAGAGGCGGCGUCGGAGAAGCCAGGUGGCCAGCUUGGAGGAGGAAACCUACAACGUGCUUCAAGCGGCCCACGUGGCCCCGGUGGGGUCUUCACUGGCAAUAGAUCUAGGGGUCCCGGAGGGCCGAAAGGUGCUGUUUGGGGCCUUUGCCGUGAGCCAGGAGGGGAGUCGAGUCCCUCGCCACAAAUCGGCUGUGUGUGCCUUUCCCAUAACCAAGCUGAAUGAAUUCAUUGAUAGUGGCAUGGAGAGAUGCUGUGAGUCUCAGGCCAACCAGGAGCGGGUGGAACGCGGAGUGGAGUUCUUUCAGCCUCCAAGCUACUGCCCAGAUCCGCCUACCCUGGGCUCCAACAUCAGCUGCUGGAACUACCCCACCAUGAUCCCCACCAACCACCCCCGAGUGGACCUUCUCAAUGGGCACCUGAACAGUGUUCUCCUGACAGCCAUCCACGUUAUCCAUCAGGGCAAUGCUACUGUGGCACACAUGGGCACUGCCGAUGGGCGCAUCCUACAGGUGAAGUUGUUCAGAUCGCUCAACUACUUGCUCUAUGUGUCCAACUUUUCCCUGGGCUCCUCCCAGCCUGUGCAUCGAGAUGUCAGCCGCCUUGGCAACCACCUGCUUUUCAGCUCUGGGAAUAAAGUCUUCAAGGUGCCAAUUCGAGGCCCUGGCUGCCGCCACUUCCUGACCUGUAAAAGAUGCCUGAAAGCUGAGCUCUUCAUGGGCUGUGGUUGGUGUGGGGAUGUCUGUGCCCGGCAAGAAGAGUGUCCAAGUACUUGGCAGCAGAAGUCCUGCCCACCCCAUAUUACUGAGUUCCACCCCAAAAGCGGACCCGUGAAGGGCAGUACAAAGCUGACAAUAUGUGGCUCUAACUUCCACAGCCACUUCCAGAAUCUGACCCCAAAGGAUCAAUGGAAAGUCACUGUGGGCCAGAGUCCCUGCCAGGGGCAGCCUGUGGUCACCUCCCAACUGAAUUCCAAGAAGGACUUUGUGGAACAGUUAGAAUGUCUGCUGGUGGCAUCAAGUUCACAGGCUCCUGGUCCUGCAAAUGUCACCCUCACCGUCUCAGCAAUAACUUCCAAAUAUCCAUUUCAGCUGAAUGGGUCUUCAGUCCUGAGUGGUUUCUCCUUUGUGGAGCCAGUGGUGACAUCCAUUGUCCCCCUGUUUGGCCCUCAGGCCGGUGGCACUCAGCUCACCAUCAAAGGACAAAACCUGAACGUAGGGACCAGUCGUCUGGUGUUGGUUAAUGGAACCGAAUGUCACCUUAAUCGAACGGAUGAACAGCAGCUUCUGUGUAGCACACCACCAGGAGGGGCUGAGGCCAGUGUCCCCAUCAGCUUGUACAUUGGGGGUGCUGAGAUCCCUCCCUCUUGGUCUUUCCAAUAUCGGAACAAUCCCAAAAUCUUCAGCAUCUCCCCCAAUUGCAGUUAUUCUGGCUCCCGCAUUACCAUCCGGGGCCAGAAUCUGGAUGCUGUGUGGCAGAUGGUUACCACCUUUGAGGAUGAGCACAAGAAAAUGAAGACCCUGGAAUGCAACAAUACAACUCUCCCCACUGAACGUGUAUGCGUGGCUCCUGCCUAUGAUAACCUGCCAGGUCGGGGACCAGUAUGGGGCAUUCUGAGAAUCAGUGGAGAUGGCUCCAUCCUCUACUCCAGCUCCAAUUUUCCAUUCUACUCCAAGCCCCACAUCCAUUCCCGUCUGGGUCCUCUGAAGAUUGAGCAGGGCUCUGUGGAAAUGAAGAUUUCGGGACUAAGCGCUGUGGCCUCCUGCAUGGAUGUGAACAUGACUGUGGGUGGCCAGAGCUGUCAUGCCAACCUGAAGAAUAAUCCCGUGAUCUGCUAUGUUCCUCCCACCCUGUCCAUCCCCCAUGGUGGAGCUCCCCUGCAGAUCUGCAUUAAUGGGGUAUGUCAGAACAUCGGUAACGUGGUGCAGAGCUCCUCACAGUUCCUACAAAUCUUCAUCGGAGUGUUCUUGAUCAUCAUCAUACUGGCAGCCUGCAUCCUAUCCUUACUGCUUUUCAGGUUCUGGAGAAAGAAGAUUAAGAGGCAAGACCGACUAGGUUCUCUAGAGAGGAGCCGUCCAGCCAUCUCUCUGCCCCUGCUUCCGUCAGACACUGAUUACCGGAACGGCAUUGUCCUUAGCCCCACAGUAGGACCUGGACUUUUUCAAGUUUCAUCACCUACAGGCAACAGCAGUGGCUCUAGGGUCUCCCUCCUUCGGGUAAAGUCCAUCUGUAUGGGAGACCUGAAUUCUGAGCUCCUGGCUGAGGUGAAGGAUGUCCUCAUCCCCCCUGAAAGGCUCUUCACACACGAUGAUCAAGUCAUUGGCAAAGGCCAUUUUGGAGUUGUCUACCAUGGGGAAUAUGUGGACUCUUCCCAGAAUCGAAUCCACUGUGCCAUCAAAUCACUGAAUCGCAUCACAGAGAUAGAGGAAGUGGAAGAGUUCCUGAGGGAGGGCCUGCUCAUGCGUAGCUUCUGUCACCCCCAUGUCCUGUCACUCAUUGGCAUCCUGCUGCCUCCUGAAGGGCUCCCCCGAGUGGUGCUUCCCUACAUGAAACAUGGGGACCUGCGGCAUUUCAUCCGCUCCCCAGAAAGGAACCCCACCGUGAAGGACCUCAUUGGCUUCGGGUUGCAGGUGGCCCGGGGGAUGGCCUACCUGGCUGAGAAGAAAUUUGUUCACAGGGACCUUGCAGCUCGGAAUUGCAUGCUGGAUGAGACAUUUACAGUAAAGGUGGCUGACUUCGGCCUCGCCAGGGAUAUCCUAGACAAGGAAUAUUACAGCGUCAGGAAGCACCGCCACGCCCGGUUACCAGUCAAAUGGAUGGCCCUGGAGAGUUUGCAGACAUACAAGUUCACGACCAAAUCAGACGUGUGGUCCUUUGGUGUCCUCCUUUGGGAGCUGCUGACUCGAGGGGCAUCCCCAUAUCCCAACAUCGACCCCUUUGACAUUGCCCAUUUCCUGGCAAAGGGCCGACGUCUACCUCAGCCUGAGUACUGCCCUGAUGCCCUGUAUGAAGUGAUGCUCCAGUGCUGGAAUGCUGUUCCCACAGAGCGGCCAACCUUUGGGGUGCUGGUGAGAGAGGUGGAGUGUGUCUCAGUCUCCCUGCGGGGGGAACAUUAUGUCAACCUGCACAGUGGCUAUGUGAACCUGGAGAGUGGUCCCAUCCUGCCCCCUUGCCCCAGCUCUGAAGAUGAGUUGGAUCGGAGUGAGGAGGAAGAGGAAGAGCCUGAAGAUCCAGGGGAAAAGGCUGAGGCAAAGGAGGCCUGCAAGCAAAAGGGGGGACCCCGGCCCCUCUCGGCCCCUCCACUCACUUUCCUCACACUAGAGAGCUCUACAUGACAGCUGUUGUUGCAAGGAAUGACAUCCAGAUCAGGAUAAAGAUCUCCCCAAAGGGGAACCAAAAGCCUGGACCUGGAGGCCUGGGAACCCAGAAUGGGCAGCUCAGGGAAACUGAGCAAAGAGCCUCAGACAGCCCUUGACCCGCUCCAUGGUUGGCUCUCUGACUCAGGGCUCCCUGAUUUUUGGUACUCAGGGAGAAAUGUAGAUAGAACAUUUCAGGACCUUCGAGGUGGCUCUCCCUGCUCAGGAAUCCUGACCCAGCUCCUCAGUUACAGUCCUGGUUGUUACGGGACAAAGAUGGUCAUUUAUCCCCUCCUUCCCUCUGAGGAAAGGAUAGGGACAUGAUCCUUUUUAGAUGGUAUGAAGACUGAGGCCCAGAGCUGUCAUUCACUAGCUCCAAAGUCCGUAGAAGGCCGAGGAUAAUGCGUUGGACCCACAUCUUCCUUCCGGUCCCCGAUAGAAAGAGGGGGACACGAGUGGCAAGGAGAAAAUCGUUCCUUGGUUUUCACUGUCCCCUCAUUUCCUUUGUACUUUAUAUUUCCAGGCAGCCUGGGGAAGGGCUGGCCUUAGAUUAUGACUGAUGAUCCUCCCUGGCCCCAAAUAAGUUCCUCCCACUGUUGCCUAAAUUUCCACCAAUAUUGCUUCAUUCACUGGAGGUCAAACAGUAAGCUCUCUUGGCUUUUUUUGAGAAUACACUUUGUUCUAGAGUCCCACCAAUACAGAUUGUUCUAGAGUCUCACCAAUACAGAUUGUUCUAGAGUCCCACCAAUACAGAUUGUUCUAGAGUCCCACCAAUACAGAUUGUUCUAGAGUCCCACUGUCUCUAAGAAUAAUCCUUCCCUGAUCCACCUUAAUUUUAGUGUCUUCCCUCUGAGAUCAUCCCUGCUUUCUCUGUCUAUCUUGUUUGUAUAUUAUAUUUGUCUGCAUGUUG